UAAUUUUAUUUCUCACUGUAUCACCAGAUUGUGUGGCUGUGGAAAUGUGGGAUAGUUUGUUUUCAGUGUGUCCAGCAGGUUUACGCUGUGCUUAUUUGUAGUCCGUGCUUUGCUGCUGUUCUAUUUGGCACCAGGGAGUUUAGAAAGUCAGAUGAAAGAGAAAGACUCACUUUUAAUAUAUGCUGUACUAGAAGUUUCAUCCAAAUUUGGAUAAUCAAGCUAAAUUAUUGGCAGUCUUUAUUAGUUAUGGUUAACUUGGUCAGAAAAUAAAGCUUGAGUGAUCAUAUUGUUUGAAAUGCUGUGAGUUAGAAACCACACUAGAGCUGAUCUAUUCCUCAUCAUGUUCAUUGUGGAGCACAAGUUAUUUUCCAGCCAAAAAGUGAAGAAGGUAUUCCAGAAACCGUUACGCUGAGCACAGAUGCCCAUUUUGCAUGCUACACCACGGCGACUGGUGAAAGCAUGUCACAUGACACAUGGUGCCAGACCUCAGUAUUGCACUCUUAAGGUGCCUGCCAGCAGCAGAGGGGGGCAGAGAGGCUUUCUUCUUCUCUGGAUUCACAUCCAUGCCAAACCAGCGGGUCAACAUUGUCCUCUGCGCUGCCUCCUAUGCCUCUUACACCUCCAGCUGAGCCCGGUAACAACUCUGACAUUUACACUAGACUGGAAAUGCAAACAUGUGGAGGUCACAGACACACCAGUAAUGAUCAGCACAGAGGAGAUAAUACAAUUUGUCUGUUAAACUUGAAAUGAAUGGACUUGGAAAACCUGGGAUUUACUAAUGUGGUGAGAUGGAAAAGCUGGAAAAGUGGAAGGUUGAGUGCACAAAGUCUAACUUUUCUUCAUUGUCUACACAUUUGUUAGUUGCUGCAACUAUACUGUCCCACUGACAAAGACCCGGAACCAAAGAUGAACUGGGCAUCAUUUUAUGCUGUCAUCAGCGGUGUGAACAGACACUCCACUGGCAUCGGCCGCAUCUGGCUCUCUGUCCUGUUCAUUUUUCGCAUCCUGGUCCUGGUGGUUGCAGCUGAGAGCGUUUGGGGCGACGAAAAGUCCGGCUUCACCUGCAAUACCCAGCAGCCGGGCUGCAACAGCGUCUGCUACGACCACUUCUUCCCCAUCUCCCACAUCCGCCUCUGGGCUCUCCAGCUCAUCCUGGUCUCCACUCCGGCCCUGCUGGUCGCCAUGCACGUGGCCCACCGCCGCCAUGUCGACAAGAGGCUCUACAAACUGUCAGGCCGGACCAAUCCCAAAGACCUGGAGCAGAUAAAGACCCAGAAGAUGAAAAUCACAGGAGCCCUGUGGUGGACGUACGUCAUCAGCCUGCUGUUCCGUAUCGUCUUUGAGGUCACCUUCAUGUAUGUGUUUUACAUGAUCUACCCUGGUUACAAGAUGAUCCGGCUGGUGAAGUGUGACUCGUACCCCUGUCCCAACACAGUGGACUGCUUUGUGUCGAGGCCCACGGAGAAGACUGUCUUCACCGUGUUCAUGCUGGCUGCGUCGGGGGUUUGUAUUCUGCUCAACAUCGCAGAGGUGGUCUUCUUGGUGGGGAAGGCCUGCAGCAAGCAUUUGCACAAUGCUGGAGACUCGACUAUGGGAGCUUGGAUCCAACAAAAGCUUUGCUCGUACUAACAAAACACACAGAUUUCAUACCGACUCAAAGGGACAAAUAAGUGACCUAUUACUGUCAGGUAACAACUACUGAUUCAACUUGUUCGUAGGGUUCCUAAAAUAUACUGGACAUCACAAUAUGACAUGGUGAUGAUUCAUCCAGUGAGUUAUGAUCUUACCGUCCAGUUUUGGUGUGAGAAAAAUGUAGUGUUCAGACUUUUUGCACCAGCAGUUUAGAUUUUAGUAUCUAUUGAUAAGCUACAGCCUGUGCAAAGAACCGAUAAACACUGCAUACAGCAACACAUAGUACUUACAUAAUACAAUGGCUUGAUAUUUGGCCAACUAAAGGUCAAUUAAGUAACAUUUUGAAAAGAAGUAUUCCAACUUACCACAUUCUUCUCUUGUCAUGGAUUUGUUUUAAUUUUUGAACUUGAAAUGAGAAUAUCAAUUUAUGAAACGUGGCUUCUGACACAUGCAGACUGUACCAGAAAAGUGCAGCAAUGAAGUGAAAUUAUGGGCAAUAUCAUUAAUUUUAUUCUAUUGUAUAAGUCAAAUGUAAUCAAAAAUGUCAUGGCUUUGCUUAGAAUCAGUAUGGAAUCUAAUAGACUGGAGGAUUUAUAACUUUUCAUCAGCUGUUAUUGGUGAGAUGUUGUACUAAUACUUGGUAAACGUGUUGCACUUCAUCCAUCCAUUCAUUAGCUAUACCUGCUUUAUCCUAAAGGGGGUUAGGUUUUUUUUGCACUCAUAGACUGUGUAUAAAAUGGACGGAGCAUUUGGGUCUGAAAAGUGUUGCCAAUGCAGAAGUGCUUUAAACCUGCAUUCUUUUCAAAGGCCAGUAGGGGGCAAAAAGAAGUCUGAUUCUAUAGAUGUCUAUGAGAAAAUGAUCCUAUGUCUCAUUUGAUUUUUUUUACCUCAGUAUGCAUUUACCUAAUGGGUUUAUGGUUUCAAUCACUGGUUUCAGGAGUUUUUGAGUAAACAAUUGUGUUCAUUUUGUAAACUUUUGCCUAAUUAAGAGUAAAAUAAUUGAGCAAAACACUCUGUGUAUGUUUCAUGGCAGGACUUCCUUGUGAUCGUCAAGGCACAUAUGCAGGUGUUCACAGUCAGAUCGCCCCUCAUGUCAGGUUUCAAAAACAGCAUCGUGACAACAGCCAAAUUCCAAUCUCAGUAGUCCGCAGAUCAGUGGGUGAUGUCAAACUGCUACCUCCAUCUUUUCUAUACAGUCUAUGUUAAAUGUAACAGUGUUUGCUUUAUACAAAUUCUUCACUUUGAUAUUUAAAUCUCUUCAGAUAAAAACAAAGCAACAGCUCCAAACAGAAAGAAACUUGAACUGCAAAUGUUUUUUUUUUCUAAAGUUUACUACUGACUGCUAAACAUGUUAUUUAAAUAUAUUUAUUUUAAAGCUGGAUGUUUAUAUGUUGUCCGUACAGAACAGAAUAAAAUCCACCAGUGUUCAUGAAA